AUGUCGUCCAGGCUCACGGAAUUCAUGGUGAUCGGUCGCCACCUUCCCACCGAGAAGGAGCCGACCCCUAAGCUCUACCGGAUGAGGAUCUUUGCCAAGAACGAGGUCCACGCCGAGUCCCGCUUCUGGUACUUCGUGCGCCAGCUCAGGAAGAUGAAGCGUGCCACUGGCGAGAUUGUCGCCGUCCACGCCAUCCACGAGAAGAAGCCGCUCAAGGUCAAGAACUUUGGCAUCUGGCUGCGAUACAACUCGCGCUCGGGCACCCACAACAUGUACAAGGAGUACCGUGGCCUCUCGCGCGCCGAGGCCGUCGAGUCGAUGUACCAGGACAUGGCCGCCCGCCACCGCGCCCGCUUUGCCUCGAUCCACAUCCUCAAGGUCGCCGAGAUUGAGAAGACCGAGGACAUCCGCCGCCCCUACAUCAAGCAGCUCCUCGCCCCCAAGCUCCGCUUCCCCCUCCCCCACCGCCGCCCCGCUCACAAGGGCGUCUUCGCUGCCCAGCGCCCCUCGACCUUCUACUAA